GGGGGAGACCGGAUAUAGUGAAUGCAGGGUCUGGGGAGAGCGGAUAUAGUGAAUGCAGGGUCCGGGGAGAGCGGAUAUAGUGAAUGCAGGGUCCGGGGGAGAGCGGAUAUAGUGAAUGCAGGGUCCAGGGAGAGAGCGGAUAUAGUGAAUGCAGGGUCCGGGGAGAGCGGAUAUAGUGAAUGCAGGGUCCGGGGAGAGCGGAGUUAUAGUGAAUGCGGGGUCCGGGGAGAGCGGAUAUAGUGAAUGCAGGGUCCGGGGAGAGCGGAUAUAGUGAAUGCAGGGGUCCGGGGAGAGCGGAUAUAGUGAAUGCAGGGUCCAGGGAGAGCGGAUAUAGUGAAUGCAGGGUCCGGGGAGAGCGGAUAUAGUGAAUGCCGGGUCCAGGGAGACCGGAUAUAUUGAAUGCAGGGUCCGGGGAGAGCGGAUAUAGUGAAUGCAGGGUCUGGGGAGA